AUAUUGAACUGCAUAUAUGUUGUUAGUUCUAUAGGAGUGAACCGGAAACGUUCAUGUUGUAACGGAGUGUAUAUUAUUACUGUAGGUGUAUUCAUUGAGUCAAAAGUUUUUCUUUAUAAAAUAGUAAAGAAAAAUAAACGAUAUAGUAAAAAGAGAAUUUAAAGAAAAUGCUAGUAACACAAGAUCCGCAAUGCGACGAUGUUGUGGAGUCCGAACUUCAGAUAUUUCCAGAACUUAAUAUUUUUGAUGACAGUAAUUCCUUGGGCGAUAAUUUUCUUCAAUGUCUAAGCUCUGAAUUAGGGAUACCUCUUUUAUCUGAUGACAUAUUAAAUGACAUAUCUUACAGUCCAAAUUACAAUAAAGAUGUAGACAAAAAUACAGAAUCUUCUUCUAAAAUGUUAGAAGACUUCAGCACGUGUUUCGUCAAAGAGGAGAUAGAUUUAGACUCGAAAGAUGGAAUUUCUGAAUAUAAAUUGGAACCAUUUAGUCCUCGUACACAUCUACUUCCCUUCUCUAGUCCAAGUCAUUCAGAAUCAAGUGUAUCUGAAUGGCAACAAGACGUUUUAUCUAAUCUUCAAGCAACAGAUUUAAAGGUCGCAUUAGAAACACCACCUAUUUCACCACCAUAUAUUUCUUCUCCAAAAUCUCCACCAACUGUAACACAUUCGCCUAUCGUCCAACCAGUAAAAUUGAUACCUCUUAGUUCACAAGAAAUAAAAACUACUAAGUAUAAAGUCGCUAGUGAUAAUUCUGCAAAACGUGUUUGCAUUCAACCAAAGGGUAGUACCCGAGUUAUAUCACGAGGUGAUGAACCACCUCAAAAAACUAUAAUAUUAAGUGCUGAAGAUUUUGCUGUUUUAGCACAAAAAGCAAAACAAAAUCAAACAUAUCCUUUAAAAAUAGAUCCGUUAUCAUUAAAAAAACCUAUUAAAAUACGUGGGCCAAUAAAUGUGAAAUCUACGUCAUUAAAUAAUAUAAAGACAGAAAAUAACGGAAUUAAAUUACAGCAGCAAAAUAAUAUAAAAAUUAUCAAUACAUUACCUAACCUUCAUGCAUCGAACGGAGAAUCCGUAGUUAAUGUACCCAAUGCUUCUGUAAUUGUCAAAAAUAAAACUGGCAAUCAUACCUCUAUUAUUGUGAAAAAUGAACCAGUGAGUUGUGAAUCAAUUGUUGUAAAAAAUGAGACACCAAAUUCUACUCCUAUUGUUAUACAAAAUGAGACAUCAAAUUGUACUCCUAUUGUUAUCAAAAAUGAGACAUCAAAUUGUACUCCUAUUGUUAUCAAAAAUGAAAUGCUAGAGUUUAAUAAUCUCUCUGGUAAGCAAGAAUGUGAAAUGAAAGCUUUAAAGAGACAACAAAGAAUGAUCAAAAAUCGAGAAUCUGCUUGCCUUUCACGAAAGAAGAAAAAAGAAUAUGUUUGUUCUCUGGAAAAACAAAUAAGUGAUCUUCAAGAGGAAAAUAACAAGCUUAAAACUGAAAACUUAGCUUUGAAAACUAGGCUAUCAGCAUUUGAAGAAAACAACAAAUUUGGAAACGUUAAUCUUAAUGUAAAUAAGAAAAAUGCUGUUUUCCUUUUGGGAAUAAUUUUGAUGGUGUCGCUUAAUUUUAAUGGUCUAGUAAAUAUAUUUCCACCCAACAAGGAAUUAAAUAGUAUGUCAACAGACUUACCAACAGUUCUACCAAAUAUCAGACAUGGUAGAAGUUUACUAUGGGCAAAUCCUGAUACACGUAUUGACGAAGAACUUGGAGAUGAUUAUGACAAAAAUAAGACAAUGCAUCAUCCUAUGUGUCCUAUGUACAUCAAUCAGAGUGAAUCAAUACGUUUAGAUUACGAAUUAAGACGAUGGAUAGGCGGAGAGUCUGAUCGUGAUAAUUGGACAACACCAACCAAAACUGAAUUAAAUAAAAAUUUAUUAGGAAAAGUUAUCUUGCCAAAAUUAUCUAUAGAAAAGAAAAGAGUUCAUGACAGAAAUCGUUAUUCAAGAAAAAUCAAAUCAAAAGAUACGCAUAAGAUUAACAAUAUUCAUACAUCAAAUACUAACGCAGUUGAUGUAUUUUCUCCUAUUCUCAGAGAACAUGCUUCUUUAUUCGAAGCAUUAGGAAGAAAGGAUGAUACUUUUUAUGUUGUAUGGUUCAGCGGUGAGCACUUAUUACUGCCAGCUUCAAGAAAAAAUAACACAUCUAGACCAAAAAUGGCACUGGUCCUUCCUGCUGUUCCUUUGAAUGAAACUUAUUCAACUCCUGCAAAUCACAUUACUAUGAUGCAAAUUGAUUGUGAGGUAACAAAUACUCAAUUAUUACAUUUACAACAAUCUGUCAUACCUUUUCAUUUGCGUAAAAGUAAUGAAUCAGGAAAUAGCACCAAUCAGGACCAAACUGCAAAUGAUGUGGAUGCAACAACAGUAAAUAUAUCUAGAACACACAAACCUUAUUUUAUAAAAGAAAAUGAUCCUUAUGUAUUGAAUACAAAAAACUUAAAGGAAACUUAUACUCAAAGAUCUAAAGAACAUUAUCACAGUAAAGAUACAAAUCUUCUUUUAAAAGAAAAAUUUAUUACUGGAUUUCGUUUGGAUAAUGUAAAGAAUAAUAAUUAA